AUGCUCAAACAGUUUGAGGAGAAGGAAGGUGGUCUACUCAAGUUUGCACAGGGAUACACUUACUUUGGAUUCAACGUUCAAUCAGAUGGAGUAAUGUACCGCGAGUGGCUCCCUGCCGCCCAUGCAGUAUUCCUUGUUGGAGACUUUAACCAAUGGAAUAAGAUAUCACAUCCAUUGACACGCGAUGAAUAUGGAAGAUGGAGUAUAUUCUUACCAAAUGAUGAGAAGGGACAGUGCCCAAUACCUCAUCAAUCAAAGAUCAAGAUAUAUGUGCAGUUGGAGAAUGGUAGUUGGGACUUUAGGAUCCCAGCGUGGAUCAAUCGAGUCGAGCAGACAAAGGAGAACCCGGUGUUUGACGGCGUCUUCUGGAAUCCCAAGCAGAAGUACGUGUGGAAGCACAAGUCGCCAAAGCCGCCCGUCAGCCUGAGGAUCUACGAGGCGCACGUCGGCAUGUCGUCUGAGCAUCCCGAGAUCUCCACCUACAACAACUUUAGAAAGUACGUACUGCCACAGAUCAAGGAGCUCGGCUACAACUGUGUGCAGCUGAUGGCCAUCAUGGAGCACGCGUACUACGCCUCGUUCGGCUACCAGGUGACCAACUUCUUUGCCAUCUCCAGCCGCUUUGGCACGCCCGAGGAGCUCAUGGAGCUGAUUGACGAGGCACACAGCAUGGGCCUGCUCGUGUUCCUGGACGUUGUGCACAGCCAUGCCUCCAAGAACGUGCUGGACGGCCUCAACCAGAUGGACGGCUCUGACCACCACUACUUCCACGGCGGUGGCCGCGGCAACCACGACGUCUGGGACAGUCGGCUCUUCAACUACAGCCACUGGGAAGUGAUGCGUUUCCUGCUAUCCAACCUGCGCUUCUACAUCGACAUAUAUCAGUUUGACGGCUUCAGAUUCGACGGCGUCACCUCCAUGAUCUACUACCAUCACGGCCUGGCACCAGCCUGCUCCUACGACGACUACUUUGGACCUGCCGUCGACGAGGAUGGCCUUUACUACCUGGCUCUGGCCAACGUCCUGUGCAGCAAGCUCAGCCCCAACAUCGUCACGAUCGCAGAGGAGGUCACUGGCAUGGCGUGUCUGUGUCGCCCGGUGGCCGAGGGUGGCUACGGCUUUGACUUUAGAUUGGGCAUGGGCAUACCCGACAAGUGGAUCGAACUCGUCAAGACCAAGAAAGACGAGGAGUGGGAUAUGAGCACGAUCACACACAUGCUUUCCAAUCGUCGUCAUCUCGAGCGCAACAUCAGCUAUGCAGAGUCGCACGAUCAGUCGCUGGUCGGUGAUAAGACACUGGCCUUCUGGCUAAUGGACAAGGAGAUGUACGACCACAUGAGCGUCUUGCAGCCAAUCACACCGAUAAUCUCACGCGGCAUGGCCCUGCACAAGAUGAUACGUCUGAUCACCUCGUCACUGGGCGGCGACGGCUAUCUCAACUUCAUGGGCAACGAGUUUGGACAUCCAGAGUGGGUGGACUUCCCACGUGCGGGCAACAACAACAGCAUGCACCAUGCACGUCGCCGCUGGGACCUGGCACGCGACCCCAACCUCCGAUACCACCACCUGCGCAACUUUGACAUUGCCAUGAACAAGUUGGAGGAGGAGUUCCACUGGCUGUCAUCGGACCAGGCCUACAUCUCUUGCAAGCACGAGGGCGACAAGGUUGUGGUGUACGAGAGAGCUGGACUGUUGUUUAUAUUCAACUUCCAUGUGGAGAAGAGCUUCUCGGACUAUCGCAUUGGAAGUCACAACCAUGGCAAGUACGUCAACUGCUUGGACUCUGAUCGCGAGGAGUUUGGUGGCUUCAAACGCAUUGGCCACGGUCCACACUUCACCCAAGAGGUCGCUUGGCAUGGCAGGAAGCAUUCGCUCCAAGUCUACAUCCCAUCAAGAACAUGUUUGGUCCUAAAGUUGGAGCACUAA